AAUUGUUUUUAUAAUUAAGUACUGCUUCUUGCAAUUGUUUUCCCAGCAAGAUUGCGGCACUCACAUCUUGAAAUCCAAAUUCAAGAUUUUAAAGAAUUUUCUGAGCUCGAUCACUAUUAUGGCUUGGUCUGCUGUGACAUCUGCAGUGACAACAAUUGGCGAGCUGCUAACUGAGGAAGCCAUAUACCUAUGGGGCGUGGAGGAGCAAGUUGAUCGUCUGCAAACGGAGCUCCAAUGGAUGCAAAGCUCCUUAAUGGUGGCAGAGACAAAACAAUCAACGGAUGAGAGGAUUCGUCUUUGGGUUGCUGAAAUCAGAGAGCUUGCUUAUGAUGCUGAGGAUAUUGUUGAGGAAUUUGCUCUCAAGAUUGGAUCCAAAAACAAAGGUGGCCUUCCGAGUUGUAUUAAAAGAUCAGCCUGCUGUUUGAAAGAGGGAUGGGUGCUCCAUGAAACCAGGUCAAAGAUCGAGAAAAUCAUAGAAAGAAUCAACGACUUGGUCCGACGACUACAGGCGUACGGCGUAAAGGAAUUAAAGGACAAAGGAGAAGAAUCAAGUUUUUCAACUGAAAGACGAGAAUCAAGGCGGCCUUAUCCACAUAUUAUGGAUGAUAAUAUUGUUGGACUAGUUGAUGAUACCGAGGGAUUGGUCAAAGUUCUUACGAAGGAAAGUGGAUGCAAGGUUGUUACAAUAUGGGGCAUGGGUGGUCUGGGAAAGACCACUCUCGCCAAGAAAAUAUAUCACCAUCCUCAGGUUGUUGAUUAUUUCGAUCACUUGGCUUUUGUAUAUGUUUCUCAACCAUGCCGGAAAAGAAAUGUUUGGGAAGACAUUCUAUCUGGUUUCAAAACUUUAGAUAAAAAGGACAGGAAGAAAACAGAUGAAGAUUUAGCAAAGAAGUUGUGUAAAACUUUGGAGGAUAAAAAGUGUCUGGUGAUACUUGAUGAUGUUUGGACCAGUGAAGCUUGGGAUAGUCUAAAACCGGCCUUUCCAGUUGCAACUGGCCGUGAUAGCAAUAGCAAGAUAUUGCUCACCUCUAGAAACAAGGGGAUAGUUUCAGAUGCUGCGAUAAGAGAGUUGAAUUGCCUAAACGAUGAAGAAAGUUGGGAAUUGUUUCAAAAGAUCGUAUUUCCUCAAACAGGAAAUAUAAUCGACGUAGAAAUGAAAAAGUUAGGAGAGAACAUGGUUAAAGAUUGUGCAGGGCUUCCAUUAGCCAUUGUUGUAUUGGGAGGAAUUUUGGCUACAAAGAAGAAUUUAUUAAACGAAUGGCGAAAGAUAUCUGACAAUGUAAAAUCAUACUUGAAGAGAGGCAAAAAUCAAGGACCAGAGGAUGUGUUAGCAUUAAGUUAUGAUGAUUUGCCUCUCUAUCUAAGACCAUGUUUCCUCUAUCUAAGCCAUUUUCCAGAGGAUUAUAUGAUAGAUGUGGAUAGUUUGAUUCAAUUAUGGGUUGCUGAAGGUAUUGUGUCAUCAAAGCAAGAAGAAAGAGACGGUGGGGAAAUUGCGGAAGAUGUGGCGGAAUCUUAUUUAAUGGAGCUUGUGGAAAGGUGCAUGAUUCAAGUACGAGAAAGAGAUGUGGCAACCUUAAAGGUCAAAACAAUUCAGAUGCAUGAUCUGAUGAGAGAUCUUUGCUUAUCAAAGGCAAAACAAGAAAAUUUUGUCUUCAUUGUCGACCAAUCAAAUGCAUCUUCAUUAUCUAUGAUUCGGAAGGUUCGUAGGGUUUCUGUGCAUGAGUUUUUUUUCAUACAAUGCAUUAAAAGUCCAAAUAUUCGGUCACUUUUGUUCUUCAAUGAGUUCUUUCCGAAUGAGGCAUUAGAAAAAUAUUUGCCUUUGGAAGUGUUGAAUUACGUUGAAGAACAUGAAAAUGAUGUUUGUAAUCCACUGUAUUGGAUUCUUUUGAUUUCGGGAAUUAGUACGAUGGAUCUUAAAGCUCGGGGAAUUUGGAGAUACAUGUUCAACAACUUCAAAUUGCUAAGAGUCCUAAACUAUGAAAGAACAACAGGUGAUCGUUUUGGAGGGUCUAAGUUACCCAGUGAUAUAGGUAAUCUCAUCCAUUUAAGAUUCUUGAGUCUAAAGGAUCUUGAGUUCCUCUGGCAGAAGUUGCCAUCAUCUCUACGCAACUUAAGGUGUUUGCAAACCUUGGAUUUAAGAGUUGAUAUUGGUAGAAUUCAUGUACCUAAUGUGAUAUGGAGGAUGGAGCAACUAAGACAUUUAUAUCUCCCUUCGAGAUGUAAAAGCAGAACUAAGUUGAAGUUGGGUACUUUGAGAAAACUCCUAACACUUGUGAACUUCAACACCAAGAAUUGUUAUCUGAAGGAUCUUAUCAACAUGAAAAAUCUUAGAGAGUUGGGGAUAAAUUUUCCCUUCAAUAUUGAAAAUUUCAAUGAGAAGGAGUUGGGCGAGAAUCCACCCAUAAUCGGAAUUAAAUAUGAUCUUCAUUCCUUGUCCAUUAUUACCUCUGGGGACAAAUCAAUAGAUCCAAAACAUUUGGCCCAUCUCCUUUCAAAUUGUAUAAGUAUUUUCAAGUUGAUUAUAAAAACAAGGAUAAGUGAGUUACCAGAGUAUCACUACUUCUCUUCACAUCUCGCUUAUAUAGGGUUGAGAUGGUGCAAGCUUGAGAAAGAUCCAAUGCCAACACUAGAGAAGCUGCCUAACUUAAGGAUUCUUGAACUCGAAAGUUAUUUCGAAGGAAAGGAAAUGUUUUGCUCUGCUCAUGGUUUUCCUAAACUUGAGUCUCUAAUCCUUACUGAGGUCAACAAUUUGGAGGAGUGGAAGGUGGAUGAAGGAGCCAUGCCUUCUCUUCAGCGAUUGGAGAUCAAGGGUUGCCUAGGAUUGAAGAUGCUUCCAGAGGGAUUGAGGUUCAUUACAACCCUCAAAGAACUGAAGAUUGAAUCAAUGCCAGAUGAAUUCAAAAAAAGAUUGGAAGAAGGAGGAGAAGAUUUCUACAAAGUCAAACAUGUUCCUUCUAUCAUAUUCCAACGCAUGUUCUCUUCAGCGAUUGGAUAUCAGGCAUUGCCCAAGCUUGAAGAUGCUUCCAGAGGGAUUGAGCUCCAUUACAACCCUCAAAGAACUGAAGAUUGAAUCAAUGCCAAAGGCAUUCAAAGAAAGAUUGGAGAAAUGAGGAGAAGAUUUCUACAUAGUCAAAGAUGUUCCUUCUAUCAUACUCCAAUACUGUGGCUAAUAGAUUGAAUGAUAAUUGAGAGGUAAAGACGCCAUUUUUUCACCUGCUACUGCUAUUCACGGGAUCAAAUCUAGAUUUAAAACUCCUAUUAUAAGUGGCGUGUGAAAGUGUGUUAUAUGGUGAGAUUUGGAAUUAUCUUCUCUCUUGUAUAUAUCUAUGGUUGUUGACAUCAGACUGGUUGACUGUUUGUUGUUUUCUUCAAAUUACAAUAAAAUGGUUGCAAGGUAUGGUAUUGGAAGAAUGGGAGGUGUCUGGAUUAGCAAGAUAAGGAGACGUCAUUGACCUUUGUUCCGACAUAGCUUUGGUUUGCGGUGACCGUUCUUAUAUUUAUUUGUUGGCUUUGCUUUCUCUUUCCUUUUUCUUUUCCCUACUUAAGGCUGCUUGAGUCUUUCUCUUUCUUUUUUUUUUAUAUGUGAUGCUAAGGCAGGACCAUGCUUUUCUAUUGUAAAAUUCAUCACUUCGUUGUCUAUGUUCAUUUCUACUCUUCAGUUUACUUAAAUAUAAUUGUUUGAUAUAUAUUUGAAUAUGAAGAAUAUAA